UAUAUACAAUAAUGGCGGCAGUCAAACAUGCGCUAUCGUUUUGACUUCCAACAGUGUUUACUUGGUGUGAUUCUUGAGAAGUUGUACACAAAGUGGCCACGCAAAACGGCACUCGAAACACCCGCUGCCUAUCUCACGGGGAAUACGACCCGGUUCGAUAACGUUUUUUAAGUUGUGUGCGCGUCCGUAUGAAAAAAAAUUCCGGGUAAACGACAGUGAGCGCGAUGAGUCGGUGUAAGAAAAAAUACGUGGUGGUCUGAGAGUUAUGCGGCCAGGCCGUGCUGGUGGGCAACGUAAAGCAAAAUGCGUUAACCGCCGCGUAGCGCGCCCCAUCACGCUGCCCGUCACCCUGGAGGACCCGGCCACCACCUGGAAGGGACCGCCGGCCGGCUCGGAGCCCCAGAACUUCGCACAGAGUCAGGCGAACUCGUUUUCCGGGCCGCCGGCGGGCUUCCAGGGCGCCUCGCCCUUUCAGGGGGGCCCGCCGGCCGGGGCCGGUUCGCCCGCCGGCGCCCCUCCCUACCAGGGCGGACCGCCGCCCGGCUCCACGACGCCCCAAUACAAUGCGUCGCCCGCGCCCUCCGGUUCGUCGACGCCCGGUCCCGGUCCGCCGCAGAGCGUCGGCAACUCCGGUUUCCCCCCGCCGCCCAACAACUCCGGACCCUACAAUGGUCCCGGACCUGGACCGGGACCUUUUGGGUCGCCAUCCGCGGGCGGACCGCCCUUCGGACGACCCGGUUCGUCGGGUCCACCGUUCGUCGGCGGUCCCGGCCCGGGUGGCAAUCCCCACUUCCAGCACUUCGCACCCGGACCGGGGUUCGGCAUGCCGCCCGGCUCACCUUUCGGUCCGGGUCCCGGUCAUCCGAUGUCCGGCCCCAUGGAACCCGGACACGGAAUGAUGGCCCGUCAAAUGGGCGGACCUAUUCCUGUUGAUCAAGGGUCUUUACCAGUGCCAAGGCGGCAUACACCUUAUUUCGGCCAACCAGAUUAUCGAAUAUACGAACUGAACAAACGACUACAGCAGAGGACGGAGGUUAGUAUAAAUGAUAGUGAUAAUCUUUGGUGGGAUGCCUUUGCGACGGAAUUCUUUGAAGAUGACGCCUCCCUGACACUAGCGUUCUGUUUAGAGGACGGACCCAAAAGAUAUACAAUAGGAAGAACUUUAAUACCAAGGUAUUUUAGAAGUAUAUUCGAAGGUGGGGUGACUGAAUUGUAUUAUAAUAUGAAGCAUCCAAAAGAAUCCUUCCACAACACUAGUAUUACCCUGGACUGUGAUCAGUGCACUAUGAUAACGCACCAUGGCAAACCCUUAUUUACCAAGGUGUGUACAGAAGGCCGUUUAAUUCUAGAAUUUACAUUUGACGACUUGAUGAGGAUAAAAUCGUGGCACUUCGCGGUGCGGACGCAUCGAGAACUGAUUCCCAGGUCGGUGGUCGGUAUGCAUUCGCAACAGGACCCCAGCAUGUUAGAUCAAUUAUCCAAGAACAUUACCCGACAAGGCAUCACCAAUUCCACUCUCAAUUAUCUUAGGCUGUGCGUGAUACUGGAGCCAAUGCAGGAACUGAUGUCGCGACACAAGGCAUACGCCCUAAGUCCGCGGGAUUGCCUCAAAACGACGUUGUUUCAAAAAUGGCAGAGGAUGGUUGCCCCGCCGGGUAAGAGAGAGACCCAAAGGCCGGCGAACAAGCGGCGAAAACGCAAGGGCUCAAACUCCGGAGGGGCGGCCAACAAUGCGGCCCCCGCACCCAACAAGAAACGGUCUCCAGGGCCAAAUUUUACGCUAGCCUCCCAGGACGUGAUGGUGGUGGGUGAGCCGUCGUUGAUGGGCGGCGAGUUUGGUGACGAGGACGAGCGGCUAAUUACCCGCCUGGAAAACACCCAGUACGACGCGGCCAACUCCCUCGACCACGACAACCACGGUUUCCACGGAGCCGACAGUCCCAUGCCCGGCUCGAAUUCGUGGGGUGGCGCAGGUGGCGUGGGGGACAGGGGGCCUCCGCCCGGCGUGGGUAACGCGCCGGGUUCAGCCCCACCUAACCAAGACUCUGAUAAAAAAUCGCCGGCGGUCAACCAGUGAUGAUAGUUAGUUCAAUAAUGUGUUUGCUUGAGAGGGGGCGGGCCAUUCGGGACGAACUCGCGGUUCACAAGUGGUAGCAAAAGACUAACUUAACGUGAGAUUUCAAUAUGAUUUAAUCCAGCAUAUUAACAGACCUUUUAGAGCAUACACUACAUAAACAUUCCUAAAAAAUAAAUUAUAAAAGAAAACUGAAUAUCAUAUUAAUCAAUGAAAUUUGCAAUAAUAUCUCGAAAUACUACAAACUGGCCAUUUUAUUCUAUUUCGAGAUAUGAUAGUACCACUACUGACAAGUCACACAUGAUGCAAAUAUGUUGUUUUUAUUAUAUUCAAUAUUUAAAUUGUGAAAAAGGUUGUGAAGCAUACAUUCGCAUUUAAUGCCUCACGUUUGUGUUAAAUGGUUGGUCUUUUGUUGCUCCUUCUGCCAAACCGUGGGACCCGAAGGUGGUUCAGGGCGAAUUCGGCGAGGACCCUCGACAGCCCGACGGAACCUUAUGAAUCUCUCCGAGUCAGUAUUCCUUGUUAAAGUGUGUGACAAUGAAGCCAGUGACACAGAAUAUUGUUUUUAUUAUUUAAUUUUAUAACGCAAGUUUUACGAAUUAAGUGCAAGAAUUUUUUCAUUGGAGUGAGAAUUCUAUUUUACGAACUGCGUAAGGAUGAACAGUACAAGGUCACGCUUGUCAUGGCACCACUAAAGGGACCAUUCACGCUGAGUUUAGUGCUGGCACAACAAACUUGACCCCCUCAAAUUGCACCCGAUUUAGUGCAAUCUUUGAAAAAAAUGGUUCCGAUUUGGAACCGCCCACCAAUGGUACCUCUACAGAGUGAAUGUUUCUGGUUCUCGAAUGGCAGCUCAUUAUUUGUACAGUAGUCUAAAACAAACAUCACAUGUCUGUUAUUUAAAUAUUCUGGCACCACUAUUUUAUUCUCAUCGGCCAAACUGGUUUAAUCAGAAUCGAAUCAUUCCAUAUCAACUGCAUCUGCUCACAUUUCUGAUCUUUAAAUAUUUUACCAGUUGAAAAUGGACCAAAUUGUUCAUAAUUAAACAGGCGGCCCAAUAUUUUGCUCAUCACAAACAUAAUAAUGAUUAUGAACGGUUUCGUCUGCAGAAUACCAAUAAAAAUAAAUCAGAUUCAGUGGGUUACAUCACUAGUUGACGUGGAUUGGGUCGUAAUUAAAAUCUCAAUAUGUCAAGUUCACCCAAUUUUUUAACCUGAUUAACUAAAAGAAAGUUGUUCCUGUAUAUAUCAUAGUGUAAAGUUUUUUAUAUAUUUGCCCCAGUAAAUUUGUCAAUAAAGUCAUAAAUGUGUUUUUGUGGAACUGUUUCUUUAUAUGUUGAUGAAAUCAAUCAAAAUGUAAAUAUUGAAUAUUUUAUGGGGAGAUUGAUAUAUGAGAUUUUUUUUAUUAAUUUUACACGUAAUAUAUUGAGUUAAACAAGAGAAAAAAUAGCGUUGUGAAUAACUCGUAUUUACACAUCAAUUACAUACAUUGCUUGAGAAAUGGGACAGCUACACUGUAUGUGUUGAUACUUGAAUUCCUCUCCUAUUUAUUUUUACGAUAAUUAUGCAACAUUUCCUAUAAAGUAGUUUAGUUUUAAGUUCCUAAUGAACUAAGUAAAGUAUCAACUCUUGCAGCUCCUGUCCCAUUUGAUCGAACGAUUAGUUUGUAAUAGAGGGGGGUGAAUCCACUGUCCCGCCAAUGGAGAUCAACUCCAUUCUUAGGAUCAAUUUUGUAUAGUGAAGAUAAAUUUUAAUUGUAUAACAUACAUAUAAAUAUUAUGUCCAUUGAAAAUAUGUAUUAAAUUACAUCGGAUUGCGAUGUAUUUUAUAUGAGCGCCUGUUAAGGUUGGUUUUAUUAUUUAAACAAAAACUUUUUUUAAUGAAUGACUGCAAUUUCUGUAUUGGUGUCAGAAUGAAAGGUUUAAUUGUAACAAGUAAUUAAAAAAAAUAAAUUUGAGACUGCAGUAUUUUUUACUCUGUCUCAUUCCAAUUGUGUAAGUGUAUUUUUACAACUCAUUUGUCAGUAGUUGUGUGUGUCUUUCCUUGUUCAGUUUCGGUUGUUUGGUUUAUUUUCCAUUUUCAAUUUGUAAUCUCUUGUGUAGGGCCACACUGGUGUAGUGUGACCCUUUUCACAACCUCACAAUACAACACUUACAAAUAUAAUCUGUUUUAUUUA